UUUAUCGCCUACCGUGUCUCCACAGAGGCAGUCUUGACAGAGCUCUUGCGUCAAAAAACGAACAUUUUGCAGUUAUGUUGCGCUUAAUUAUCACGCGUUGAGGGAGGAUCAUCAGUUUUCCCUGCUGUCAAAGGAGAAACGAAUAAGUAUUCAGAUUAGGCUUGGAUUUCGGAUAAUUGGAUUUCUUAUUUUCCACUUUUAAAAAGUGAUUCAGGGACCUGCGUUCCCCUCGAUCUUGACAGUUUUAACUUGACAGUUCUGACAGUUGUGAAAGUAUGAAAAUCUGGCACCUUGUCCGAAGCAGCAGCAACAGACAUUUCUACAUAAUUCACAGUAUGGCUGUUCCCUAGAAAAAAAGUAUCUGCAUGAACAUUACCAUCAUCUUUCUAUCACUUCCUAUAUGUUUCAUUGCCCAACACCAUUGCUACCUUCAACUGGUUUUUGUCUGAAAAUUUGCACAGAUCUGUAGGACUGACAGGUGUAGUUGUGUGUACCACAAAUUAACCAAGACAAAAUGGAAACGUCACCCACACUAAAACUUACAGAAUUACCUGAGGAUAUGCUGUUACACAUAAUGAGCCUGUUUAAUCCCUAUGAUCUUUCUAAGCUUGGUGCCACCUGUAAAUUGCUCCACACUCUCAGCCAGUCUAACUCAAUCUGGAUAAAAUUUUGUCAGAAAGUUACCAAUUUAAAAGAUGUUGAACUUGGAAAAUUCCACAAUUACAAGGAGUUGUACACCAGUUUGCUUCACAAGUAUGGCUGUUUGAUUGGGUUAUACGAGAACAAAUUUGGUCCCUUUGGAGGCCUCACCGAAGUCAUAUACUCAAAUGGUGCAAUUGAGGGACACACCUGGGAUUUAGCAUCAACAGAAGAUAUUGAAGCUCCACUCAAGCGCAAUAUUCUGUUUUCCUUAAAAAAGAGUGAAUACCAUACACAGAAUGUUUGUCUCCCAUACAUGAAUGCUCACAUUGGAGCUGUUUCUGUUGGAAAGAGAAAAGGCACUUUUACCCUUCUGUGCUUCAACCCAAAGGAACAUGCCCAGGCUGUCUGGAAGGACUUUAGAUAUGAUCAGGAGAUAUUUGAUUAUUUUCUAAUUCAUGGGAAGGGAAUAAAGAAAUACAGACAUGCAUUAUUUCGCCAGUGGAGAUUGAAAUGGCAUCAGCAAAAACUCAUCUCCCUCAGUUGUUGUUUUGACGCAUCCAUGCUCCAUGAACGCCUAAUUUUUCAGCAACCUCGUGACGUCCCAGAGCUCAUGCCAGAUGGAAUCUGCCCAAAACAGCUUGUUACUCCAGGAUUGUUCAAGCGCAGUGACAAGUAUUGCGGGGUAGAACUAUUGUAUUUUAUGUAUUGGGCAGGGAUUGAACUUCGUGCUAUAAAGGUCACAGGAAAUGGAUAUACUCCUGCACAGACGGUGUCAUUUGUAGCUGAACUGAACUUUCCCGUAAAUGUACAGGAACCACAUAAAUUUGAGGACCUGAUUUAUUCAGACUUAGAGAAGGUCCAACGUGAGUGUCCAAUUUCAGACAUCCCUUCACAGACGUUCACUCUACCACAAGACUGCCAAGAAGAUGCUCCAUCUGACAUGUGUUAUGCAAGGUACCUUGGACAGGGCUUGCACAGAUACCCACUGAGGCCAUUAAUAACUCUUGCCCAUGUUAUGGUGUUUGAUGAAGACACUGUAGGUGUGUUGUGGGUGGAACAGGAGUGUUUUACUCUUUGCAAGCGUGUGCAUCAGACCUUCAAGCAACACCAUCUGUAGGGUAUCCAGAGUCAGAGUUUUGUGUAACUUCUUACAGGGAUAUUUUCAUGUGCAUAGAUAGAGGAGAGGUUUACGUUACCCAUAGCCCUUAAAUUGAAAGUUAAUGCAAAUAAAACUAUGAAGUGAGAAAACUGUAAAAUGAUACUAGAAAAUACAAAAAGAUUGGCUAUUAAGUGAUAAAUAUAAAACUCUAAACAAAUCUA